ACCUCGCCGCGGUCCCCGUGUGAAUUUGCUUUCUGAGCGCUCCGUUUCUGGAUCUUGCUUGGUUGCCCGUCCUGAUGUCGUGCUGGGUUGUUUGCAAGAUUGAGUGGAACCUGGCAUUGGCACCGAUGAUCUCGUUCGAUUUGUUAAGUUCCGCGCUUUCUUGCUUGCUCGUCUUGGGUUCGUGAUGUUCUUUGGAUAAAAGUUUGAGGCUUUCCAUACAGUUUGUGCUUCUUGAGGUGUGACUUUUUAAUGGUUAGUUCUCGGAAAGAAGGCACGCCUGUCGUUGCUGAACUCGAUGAUAGUUGAGGAUUUUUGCCGCCUGGACAGAUUCCUUGCAGUGCUUUUUUCCUUCUCUAUUCUUCCUUCGAAUUCGGCUGGCGCUUUGGUACUUUUGCGGCUAAAUUUGACGCGCAUUUCGCCGAAAAGUUGCAGCUUUGUCCAGCAAUCUGAUGUUACGCGGCACUGUUCUUGAAUUUGGCAUAGCUUUCUGUGCCGUAGCUUUCAAUUGCUGGCGGUUGCAAAGAUGGGAUUGGGAUGGGUCGGACAUUUCAGUGCACACUUCACUAAAAAGCUGGGAUCUUCUUGUCUGUUCCGGUGUGAUUCCAGCUUUAUUCGGUUCUAAAUUGGCGCAAUUUGUUGGUUCGAUUCGCCUCCAUUUCUCUAUUUCACCAUUUCGACUCUUCGUCCGCCACAUUUCACCCUUCUUGGUUCUUGCGGCCUCACCGACCAUUUCUUCGUUCACUCUGCUCCAGUCCGGUGGAUUCUCUCCAGCUAAGCUGCGAGCAAUGCUUCGAGGGCUAGAGAAACACCAGCGCAGCGGCGAUGACACAUCACCGGAGGCCAACGACUCCGGCGAGCUCGACGACCGGAGGAGCUUGGAAUGCUCCACCUCCACAGAGAUGUCGAGCAACAGUGGCCACAGAUCAAGAAACCGAGCUCCGGACGACGACAGCUUCGACUCCGAGAGCAGCUCAUCGGGACCGCCGACGGUGAAGAGGUCUGCGGCGGUGGCUGCGUUGCUGCCGCCGUUCUCCCGGCCAACUCCUUCGAAGUGGGACGACGCCGAGAAGUGGAUUUCCAGCCCGACGUCAAACCGUACAGGCCGCGCGGGGCCUGCCACUGGGACUGUGCCAAAGAAGUCGGCAUUGGCAUUUCCUGAACAUGGAGGCCGCCCACCGGCCGUUGCUAAGGUGGUUGUGGAUGUGCCCACCAACACUGCACCCUUGGUUAAGAAUUCAGAUGGUCUCAUUCAAUCUGAUUUAUUUAAACCUGCACAAAGUGCUUCGAUCGUUGAUGAACCUGCUCCUGCAAUUAGGUCAGUCUCGAUGAGAGAUAUGGGAACAGAAAUGACUCCAAUUGCCAGCCAGGAGCCUUCUCGGACUGGGACGCCUAUCAUUGCAUCUAGUCCAACAUCCUCUCGGACACCAACUCCGCAACGUAUGACUGAAUUCAGUAUAAGUAAUAUCGAUUCUAACAAGAAGGAGAUGUCUGAGGAGGAGCUACAAAUGAAUACGAGACAGGAAAUUAUGGAUCUUGGCCAAAGAUUAGGCAAGACUACUAUAGCCGCAUGGGCAAGUAAAGAAGAGAAAGCUUCUGCACAUUUCAGAAGUACCACUACAGAUAAGGUUGUUGAUAUCGACAGGGAGGCUCGAGCUACAGAUUGGCAGGAGGCAGAGAAGGCAAAGUAUCUUGCGAGGUUUCAGAGGGAGGAAGUAAAGAUUCAAGCUUGGGAAAAUCACCAGAAAGCAAAAAUUGAAGCUGAAAUGAAGAGGAUAGAGGCCAAGAUAGAACGGAAACGGGCGCGUGAGCAGGACAGGCUCACCGACAAGCUGGCAGCAGUAAGCCACCGAGCAGAGGCUAAGAGGGAGGCCGCGGAGGCGAGGAGGAACCAAGAGGCAGCGCGGACAGAAGAGCUGGCGGCUCAGAUCCGAGAAACCGGGCACUCGCCUUCCUCGUUCUCCUGCUGGUGCUGGUGCCUCUGAAUGAUCACCGUCGUCAAUCCUCACCUCACCUGCCUAUAGCAUGAUCCGUCAUAUUUGGGCGAGGUAGAAGAUUUGUUCACCGCACGACCUUGAAAUGUAAUGUCAUGGGUCCAUCUUCUCAGCAAGGAAUGCAGAGUUUGUCGCCA